GGUAUCCACUUAAGUAACAGAAAAUAAGUUUAGAUAUCAAUCACAUACUUUUAAAUAAAUUUUGGGGCAAGUUACAUAUUAACCCUAAUAAUAAUAAUAGCUCCACAGGAAGAACCAUGCACCGCCGCUCUACCGAAGCACAUCCUUCCUUCAUCACCUAAACUCCUAAGCAGAUUGGAGACAAAAUAACAAUAGCGAGCUUUGAACCCAAAACCUGCCGAGUUAGCUCGCUCCACUACUUUAACUCAGCUCUCCCUCGGUCCCCAACUCGAAAAGGAAAAACUUAUAUGUAUCUAUAAGUAUAAAAUGCAAGUCCUUUCGAAUUCUGUAAAACUCGCUAGGGUUUUAGGAACCCGAAUGAUUCUACUCAAUUCAAAUAAUCAAUUUCUCUCCUCUUUGACCCAGUUCAGCACGUCUCCUCUCUCUUCUCUUCAAUUCCAACUCAGAACCAAAAGUUCAUCAGCUUUCCCUGCAGGAAGACACAGGGCUGCCAUUGCCACUGCGGAUGUUUGUGAUUCAAACGCAGCACUUCUGGUGAAUGGUGACCUUCGUGCUCUUGAUCCAAUCUUCAAGAUCUAUGGCCAGCGUCUUGCAUUUUCAGGGCCCAUCGUAACCGUUAAGGUGUUCGAGGACAACGUAUUGGUCCGGCAGCUUCUUGAAACUGAAGGCAAUGGAAGAGUUUUGGUUAUAGAUGGUAGGGGAAGCACAAGAUGUGCUUUAGUUGGAGGAAAUUUGGCGCAGUGGGCUCAUGACAUGGCAUGGGCCGGUAUCAUUGUGAACGGCUGUAUUAGAGAUGUCGAUGAGAUUAAUGCAUGUGAUAUCGGGGUUCGAGCACUGGGAUCAAAUCCGUUGAAAUCGAAUAAAAAGGCUGUCGGUGAGAAACAUGUCCCAGUUCAGAUCGCCGGAACAUUGAUCCAUGAUGGGGAGUGGCUAUAUGCUGAUAGUGAUGGCAUUCUUAUCUCCAAAACUCAACUCUCUGUUUAAAAGCAGUUGGUUACUGAUCAUUGAAUUUCUUACCCAUCAAUUUCAGUUAUAUUUUGUGUUAAGUGUUAUUUGGAUUCAGUGUAAUAUCGAAUAUAGAUGCGAAUCCAAGAUUUGUAUAUGUUUAUAUAUAUUGGCCAUUAGCAAGAUAUAUUCAAUUUGUAGCCAGAUCGGUGACUUGUGAACCAGUACGAUCGAGAGGGUUGAAGCACUUUUUUCUAUUUUCUUUUAACAAUUUAUUCAAUCCAACCUGUAGCUACCAAUUCAGCUUUGAAACUUUGAUACAAAUUUGAUAUAAUUAUGUUUUAUUUUUAAAAA